AUGGACCCUAUGGAUAAUGCACUAGUGGAUGCACUAGUGGAACAAGUGAAUCUCGGAAGAAAGAGUGAUAUUGAAUUCAAACUUGAGGCAUAUAAGGCCACAAUAACUGAAAUCUUUGAUAGAUGUGGUGUUCAUAUAGAGAACAAACACAUCUCAAACCGUUUGCGUACAUUGAAGAGAUUUUAUUGGGCUGUGCAAGAUAUGUUCAAUGCUUCCGGGUUUACCUGGGAUAGUGAGAUGAAAAUGGUGACAGCAACAGACAACGUAUGGAAUGGGUACAUUGUGUCACAUCCAUUCGCCGAAAAAGUCUAUGGGAAACAUAUUGAAAGAUACACUGAUCUGACAUUCAUGUUCAGCAACGACAGUGCUCAUGGGUCAUUUGCGACCACCACUUACUUGUCACCAGUUUCUGAUCAACGUCGAUCUAGAAAUGAAUUCAAUAUUGACUCUAAUUCUGAUGAUUAUGAGACUGAGAUUGUUCGCCUUUCAUCUAAUUCUGGGGAUGACCACGACAUUGGUUUAGCCAUUCGUGCCCACGAUGGAUCACAGCUGGUACACAGGGUUAGUACAGUACCUGUAGAGACCUCUAGGGGCUCAAAAAGCACUCACUUAACUGCUAUAGGUUUUACCCGACAAAAAAGGAGAAAGCCGAGUGAUGUCAUCGGUGACAGAAUGGGUGAAGUGGUUGAAGCUGUCAAGUCCCUUACUAUCACAAUGUCUUAG